GAGCGGGCGCGGCACACGGCGGGCACGGGCAGACGGACAGACGCAGUGGCAGCAGGCGGGCGGUGCUGAACGGCCGGCCUCGUGACGGGCCUCCUUCCCCACACCCGCACCAGGAGGCGGCUCCCCCCGGAACAGCUUCUGUCCAGUGAGGGACGCGGAACCCGCCCUCCUGGCCAUGGGAGGGGCCGUGGUGGACGAGGGCCCCACAGGUGUCAAGGCCCCUGAUGGGGGCUGGGGCUGGGCCGUCCUCCUGGGCUGCUUCGUCAUCACAGGCUUCUCCUACGCCUUCCCCAAGGCGGUCAGCGUCUUCUUCAAGGAGCUCAUGCUUGAGUUUGGUAUCGGCUACAGUGACACAGCCUGGAUCUCCUCCAUCCUGCUGGCCAUGCUGUAUGGCACAGGCCCGCUCUGCAGCGUGUGCGUGAAUCGCUUCGGCUGCCGGCCGGUCAUGCUGGUGGGCGGGGCGGGUGGGCGGGGCCAGGGUCAGCUCUCACCCUCUGCUCCCCCUGCUCCCCCUGCUGCAGGCUUGGGUUUGUCGCUCAACUUCCAGCCCUCGCUCAUCAUGCUCAACCGUUACUUCAACAAGCGGCGCCCCAUCGCCAACGGACUGGCGGCGGCAGGCAGCCCCGUGUUCCUGUGCGCCCUGUCCCCGCUGGGGCAGCUGCUGCAGGACCACGUGCUGGGGCUCUUCGUGCCGCCCGUGUUUGUGGUGAGCUACGCCAAGGACCUGGGCGUGCCGGACACGCGGGCCGCCUUCCUGCUGACUCUGCUGGGCUUCGUGGACAUCUUCUCCCGCCCCGCCGCCGGCUUCAUCGCGGGGCUCCCCAAGGUGCGCCCCUACUCCGUCUACCUCUUCAGCUUCGCCAUGUUCUUCAACGGGUUCACUGACCUCACGGGCUCCACGGCCAGCGACUACGGGGGCCUGGUGGUCUUCUGCGUCUUCUUCGGCAUCUCCUACGGCAUGGUGGGCGCCCUGCAGUUCGAGGUGCUCAUGGCCAUCGUGGGCACCCACACCUUCUCCAGCGCCAUCGGCCUCGUGCUGCUGCUGGAGGCCAUAGCCGUGCUCAUCGGGCCCCCGUCCGGAGGCCGCCUCCUGGACGCCACGCAUGUCUACCAGUACGUGUUCGUCCUGGCCGGGGCCGAGGUGCUGGCCGCCUCCCUGGUGCUGCUGCUCGGCAACUUCUUCUGCAUCGGGAGGAGGCCUGCGGGGGCCACCAAGGAGGGCGAGAGCCCCAAGCCCCCUGCAGACGACAGGGACAACAGGGACGGGGUGGACUCAAGGGAGGUGGAGCACUUCCUGAAGGCGGAGCCUGAGAAGAAAGGGGAGGUGGCUCACACCCCGGAAACCAGCGUCUGAGCUCGGAGCGGCGGCGCGCAGGGAACCGGACGGAGGCUGUCAAGGUUCAUAUUUAUUUCACAAACAGGACUAUCUCAGGCUGGGGGGUCCCCAGCAGGGGAUCGUCACCUGAUCAGUUUCUCGGGGGAGGUGGCGGGUGGGAACCGUGUCAUUCCAAAGCAGAUCUGUGGUGAAGCCAAGCCCCAGGUUACAAGCCGUCGGCACCCGGCACCCGGCCUGCUGACCCCAGGAGAGCCCGGUGCCCACAGCUGGGCUCAAGGACCUAGAAACCCACCCUUCGGAGACUUUAAUCAGAGGGUGGGGCCAGGCCCUCCCUCCCUGACUGCACCCACCAUGCCCUUCGCCACCCUGAGUGUCUGGGGACAGCUCCCUUCUGCUCCCCUGGAAGUCUGGAAUAAACCUGCGUGUAGGAGGAGCGGA